AUGGGUUCGAAAGAGAUCAAGAAGAGUGCUAUCAAAUUAAAGCAAAAUUUUGAGGUAAUUUUUAUGAUUGUUGUUAAAAAGGCAGUAUGGGAGACUUCCAGUAGUCCUGAGAAGGGGCAGUAUGGGAGACUUCUAGUAGUUCUGAGAAAGGGUAAAACUCACACAACUACGAAUAAAAUUGAAAAAGAUCUUGCCGAUUUAGCAAUCAAAUCCAAAAGGCAAGAAUUACGUUUAGCUGAGAUAGGUGCUGCCUAUUCUGUGAUGAAAAAUACUACAACGGUCCUUCAAACUGCUAUUGGUAGAGUUGACACGACGUUGUCUAAUGCCACGUAUUAUACAUCAACACUAGUGCGUCAAAAUUUACUAUCAGAAUUAUCAGAAGAGGAAGAUAAUCCACCUUCAUUCUAUGAAAUUUUUCCAGUACAUAAGCAAUUUGAACUGAAUCUCUUCAUAUUCUAUUUACAAGUCAGGAAACAUGAUCGUGAGCCUAAAGAGGAAGACGAUACCAAAGAAGAAUUCAACGCAGACUGA